AUGAAAUCCACGGAAGAAGAGUGUUGUGAAUUCGAGAUGAUGCAGAAAGAUGUUCAUGCCACUUUUCUUGAGUUGAUGUACUAUUUGCUCCCAUCUCCGUACGAGACCCAAGAGAUCAAUCAUCUCACCCUCGCUUACUUUGUCAUCUCUGGACUUGACAUUCUCAACUCUCUUCACUCCGUUGCAAAGGAUGCUGUUGUCAGUUGGGUUUUAUCUUUCCAAGCUCAACCUGGUGCCAAGGCUGAUCUAAAUGAUGGACAGUUCUAUGGCUUUCAUGGGUCCAAAACUUCACAGUUUCCUCCAGAUGAAAAUGGGGUUUUGAUUCACAACAACAGUCACUUGGCCAGUACUUAUUGUGCCAUUGCCAUAUUGAAAAUUGUUGGCUGUGAAUUAUCCAACCUUGAUUCUGAGUCAAUUGUAUCUUCCAUGAGGAACCUUCAACAGACUGAUGGAAGUUUCAUUCCUAUUCAUACUGGAGGAGAAACAGAUCUUAGGUUUGUAUAUUGUGCAGCUGCCAUCUGUUUCAUGCUGAACAACUGGAGUGGCAUUGACAAGGAGAAAGCCAAGGCUUACAUAUUACGCUGCCAGUCAUAUGAUGGUGGCUUUGGAUUAGUUCCUGGUGCAGAAUCUCAUGGAGGUGCUACUUAUUGUGCUAUUGCAUCUCUUCGUUUAAUGGGACUCAUUGAAGAUAAUAUUCUCUCAACUUCUGUUUCGUCAUCUUUGAUAGAUGUGCCAUUACUGCUGGAGUGGAUCUUGCAGAGGCAGGGAACUGAUGGUGGAUUUCAGGGUAGACCAAAUAAAUCUAGUGAUACAUGCUAUGCAUUUUGGAUUGGAGCCGUUUUAAGGAUUCUAGGGGGCAGCAACUUUAUUGACCAAAAAGCUCUACGUGGAUUUUUGCUGUCUUGUCAAUACAAGUAUGGUGGUUUCAGCAAAUUCCCAAGGGAGGAUCCAGACUUGUACCACUCCUUCUAUGGAUUUACUGCAUUCAGCUUAUUGGAAGAAUCUGGCUUGAAAUCACUUUGUUCUCAACUGGGGAUCACUCAGAAUGCUGCAAUGGGACUCUAG